UGUUAGAUAGUACUCAGGCGUUAGCUUCCUCAUUGUAGCUGUCAAUAAUCGUUGACUGAGCGAUGUACUUCGCCCUGCAUCUUCAUUUUGAAAACAGAAAAGAUCAUGACUGAAGAGGCCUUUGACGUGAUAGUGGUUGGUUCAUGCAUGACUGACUUGGUCAGCCAAUCACAGAGGCUCCCUAAAGAAGGGGAAACCAUCCACGGUCACAACUUCUUCAUUGGCUUUGGAGGAAAAGGGGCCAACCAGUGCAUACAAGCUGCAAGACUAGGGGCUAAAACCACAAUGGUCGCCAAGGUUGGUAAAGACUCCUUUGGAGAAAGUUAUAUACAGAAUUUCAAGGACAAUGGCGUGCACACAGGCUUUGUUGGACAGACCUCUGAUGCAGCCACAGGCGUUGCCUCCAUCAUUGUCACCGAUGCAGGUGAGAAUGCCAUUGUGAUCGUGUCUGGUGCCAAUAUGCUGCUAAGCAAAGAGGAGCUUCAGGAUGCUCUUUCAGCCAUCAGUUCUGCAAAAGUACUGGUUUGCCAGCUUGAGAUUGCCCCUCAAAUAUCUUUGCAAGCAUUACGCAUUGCUCAAGAGAAUAAAGUUACAACAAUAUUCAACCCAGCGCCAGCUAUCCCUGACUUGGAUCCUGAUUUCUAUCGAGUCUCUGAUGUGUUUUGCUGCAAUGAGUCGGAGGCUGAGCUGCUCACUGGUUCAUCGGUAAGUAACGUGGAGGAGGCGCGUUGUGCCGGCCAGGAGCUGCUGAGACGAGGAUGCAGCACGGUUAUCAUCACCUUGGGACCCCAAGGAUGUGUGGUGCUCAAGGCACGAGAGUCUACCUCCAAACAUGUUCCAGCAACCCCAGUCACCGCAGUGGACACAACUGGUGCUGGAGACAGCUUCAUUGGAGCGCUGGCAUUUUACGUGGCUCAUUAUCCCACAAUGCAAUUGGAGGAGGUGGCCCGGCGAGCCGGUCAAGUGGCAGGAGUGAGUGUGCAAGCGAUGGGCACGCAGUCAUCGUAUCCACACAAACGCGAUUUGGCAGCGGAGCUCUUUUGAGAGCAGCUAUUCUAUAGCAGUGGGUCUCAGUGGACACAUGAACUUGCCUUUAUAUUAAUGUGCUGCUUUAGCGCAAUCUGAACAACCAAUGAAAGACCAUUAACUGGCUCUAUAGAAGUGAAACAUGGGGCAAGAUGAUGUAACAGACACAGGCCUUAGUUGAAAACAUUUUUACUUGGAAUAGCUUUAUAUGAUAACUUUUUGGCAGACAACUGACAAUGUCAUUUACUCGUGGGAUGAGAGGUUAUUCUAUUAUAAGUUGUGGUUAAUUGAUACAAAUAAAAAAAAACAUGAAUGAGUUGUUAAUAAAUAUUUUAUACCACAGC